AUGCUACUUGCCCAACCAUUUGAUCCCUUCAAUAAUGAACAAACGCAGCACAAGAAGCUACCUCUUCUUGCUCGUUGCAGGCUUAUAUCUCAGCGUACCAAAAGAGUUUUAUGCAACCUUAAAAAUAGAACUCAUGCUACUACUGCCACUGCAAGAGGGUUUCCAACCAUGAUGUUGCCGGACAAUCGAUUCAUGUUGAGCUCCCCUCCUCAUCCACCACUACAGCCUUGGUAUGGCUCUUAUGGCGGCUGCUAUGACCCUUAUCUCAUGAUGGGUCCACCUCCACCUCCACCUCAUCCAAUGCACUUUCCACCCAUGCCACACCAUCAGUCAAUGCCAUACUCAAUAUGUGUGCAUCUGACAUCCUCUUGUCCUCUCGAGAACAACCAUCAACCUCACUACAGUAGCAGGGUUAGACAUCAAGACAGCUCCUCGGCGACAGAAUCAACGUUAUACAGUUCCGCUUCAUCUCUCUACAAUGAUGAUGAGAAGGAGCAGAUAGAGUAUGAUUAUGGCGAUCGACAAAAUCAAUACAUUAGAAGAAGCCAAAGUGGUAGCAACCUCGCGGCUGCACCCUCAUCACUGACUCGAAGCAAUAGCGAUAUCCUUCAUGAUCGCCAUCAAUAUCAUCCACAAAGGAGAUGUCCAUACAUGCAACAUAGAUGGAGCAGUCAAGAUGAAAUGUAUUAUCAGUAA